AUGGCUGUUGACAUUUGGCGUGUUCUGAAUCCAUCUAGCAGGUCCUUUUCUUGGCUUCGGCCCAAUGGCGCUGCUGCUUCCCGUAUUGAUUUAGUUGGCCUUCCUGUUUCCUGGGUCCCUUUUGCGGGCUCUUGUGAUCUUCUCCCUUGCCCCUUUUCAGAUCAUUGUGCGGUGUCGUUGUCGGUUGCUGUCCCACAGGUCCUCACUCGUGGUCCUGGUGUCUGGAAGCUGAAUGUUUCUGUUUUGGAGGAGGACGACUAUGUUUCUCUGAUAUCCUCUUUCUGGGCUUCCUGGCGGGUGAAGAAAUCUGAUUUUGUAACGGUCAUGGAUUGGUGGGAGGUCGCUAAGUCAAAGAUCAAGGGCCUAACAGUGACUUAUUGAAAGAAUAGAGCUGAGCGUCUCCGUAAUCGCCGUGACCUUUUAGUUCGGCUUGUUUCUCAUCUCAAGGGGCGGGUAGAUGGCGGUCACUCUGAUUGUGUUGGUCCGUAUCAGGCUGCUCUCGCGGAGCUGAAACAACUUGAUCUUGUGGAUGCAGAAGGGGCUCGUGUGCGAGCUAGAGUCAGAUGGGUUGAGGAGGGUGAAUGCUCCUCGUCGUAUUUUUGCAAGCUAGAGAAGAAGCACCGUAGUGAGAGUUGUAUCACUGCCCUCCGGGGUUCGGACAAUGUUGUUUAUACUGGGGCUGAGGGCAUUCAGUCUGUCCUGUCCUCGUUUUACGCUGACCUUUUUUCGAAGGAGGAUACUGACCUUACUGUGCAGGCUUCCCUCCUGUCCAAUGUCUCUGAUAGAGUCCCCGCUGAUCGGGUUGGUGAUUGCGAAGGUCCGCUUUCUGUUGCUGAGUGCUUUGCUGCUUUGUCCGGUAUGGCGAGGGGUAAGGCCCCGGGUAUAGGCGGACUUCCGAUGGAAUUUUAUGUGAAAUUCUGGGGUGUGCUUGGGGAGGACUUAGUUGAGGUUUUAAAUUUUUGUCAUCAGGCUGGUUUUCUUGCUAAGUCCCAAAGGCGCGGCCUCAUCACGCUCACUUUUAAGAAAGGGGAUCGCCUUGACCCCCGCAAUUGGAGGCCUAUCACGCUCCUUAAUGUCGACUAUAAGAUCGCCUCCCGUGCGAUAGCCGGACGUCUCCUUAAGGUGAUUCACUUUGUGGUGGCCGAGGAUCAGACGUGUGGGGUGCCGGGCAGGUUCAUUGGUGAUAGUGUUUCUUUGUUAAGGGAUGUUGCCCAUUUCGCCUCCACUAGUGGGUCCUCUGUUGCAAUUCUGUCUUUGGACCAGGAAAAAGCGUUCGAUCGUGUGGAUUGGAGCUUUUUGCGCUCCACUUUGGUCUGCAUGGGCUUUGGUCCCUCCUUUAUUAGCUGGGUUGAUCUUUUCUACGCCGGUGUCCAGAGUGCCGUUAAGGUUAAUGGUUUUGUCACCCCCUUUUUCGGCCUUUCCCGUGGUGUUCGGCAAGGCUGCCCCCUUUCGCCUCUAUUGUAUGUUCUUUAUGCGGAGGUCUUAGCUUGUAACAUUCGUUCUAACCCUGUUAUUACCGGUCUCUGCCUUCCGGGUUCUCCAACUCCCUUGCCUGUCCUUUCUUAGUACGCGGAUGACACGUCGGUCAUCGUUACUUCUAACGCUGUUAUUGUUGUUGCCUUUGCGACCUACAAAACCUUCGAGAGAGGUUCUUGUUUAAAGCUAAAUUUGGACAAAUGUAAGGGUCUGUGGUUGGGUGGCUGGAGUGGUCGUGACGACCUUCCUUUGGAUCUGCAGUGGUCGUGUGCGUGGGUCAGAGCUUUAGGUGUUUAA